UAUAUAUACAAGAAAUCAGAUUAACAUACAUACUCUUAGCUUGUAUCAAAUUUAUUUUGAGUGUUUAGGUCCAAAGAAUCAUGGAGAGGACACGAUUUGGGCUUUUCUUCUUCCUUCUCUUUCUCCUUGCUUCUCAGAUGGUGGUGCAAAGCGAGGGAAGACACUGCGAGUCAAAGAGCCACCGGUUUAAAGGAAUGUGCGUUCACGAACGCAACUGUGCUUCGGUUUGUAACUUAGAAGGUUUCUCCGGCGGAAAGUGCCGUGGCUUCCGUCGACGCUGCUUCUGCACCAGGCAUUGCUAACACGGUUUAAACCUAAGAUCUGAAAUUUGAUAUUAUUUGAGUCCGUUCGUUAGUAGUCGUAGUAAUGUUAAGUAAUAAAAUAUGUAUUAAUUAAUUGGUACAUGCAAUGUAUGUAUGCAUGGUGCUAAUUAAUUAAUUAAUUAUAAGUACCAACCAUGUAUGUUUUAUUUCUGUGGUUUCAUUAUAUUUAUUUCCCCUAUUUCUAGCUAGGGUUUAUUUGUAACGAAUAAUCUUGUUCUUCGUUGGUCGUGUUUUUUUUUUUGGUGGACAAACGGGGGUCAAAAACCCCAAAGGAAAAGCAGAAGAGAAAAAACAACUAAGACCCUCUAAGCCUAAAAGUUCCAAAACAAUCCAAACUCAAAGCAUAACAAAUAUCUAAGGGAGGGGCAUCAUAGAUAUGCAAGCCAAAAGGGAGCUCUUGUCCCUUUUUUGCUAGGAGAUCAGCUGGAGAAUUUGCUUCACGAAGUGUGUGAGACCAGUUGAUGUGCUGGAUGCGAUUGGCAAGAAUUCUUAUGUCUUCUAUUAGAGGCGCACAAGGGUGUAAAGAAGGAACACCAUCUUUAACGAAAUUGAAAGCUACCUGGGAAUCAGUUUCAAUAAUAAUAUCAUGGAGGUCAUUGGCGAUUGCAAUUUGUAUCCC